UCAAAAUCAUAUGCACUUGGGCAAUGCCAAUGCGCACGUCCUGCUCGACCUCAUCGCGCGCGCCCGCUGCCUGCGGGAGCUCAAGCAAGCGCACGCACAGGCCCUUGCGCGCGGCCUCCUCCAGCACGAUCUCCGCUCCACCUCCGCCCUCAUCCUCGCCUACUCCGCUCACCUCUCCCCUUCCUCUUCUCGUCUUCUCUUCCAUCUCAGCCCUCUCAAGCCCCGCUCCGCCUUCCUCUACAACACCCUCCUCCGCUCCUUCUCCAAUGCCCAUCUCCACUCCGAUGCCCUCUCCGUUUACAAUCUCAUGCUCCGCGACGGUGUCCGCCCGGACGACCGCACCUUCCCCUUCACCCUCACCGUUUGCGCCGCCGCUGCCAACGUUUGCAAAGGCACCGAGCUUCACGGGUCAAUCGUAAAGCUCGGUUUUUUCGCUGACGUGUUUGUUGGUAACACUCUCUUCUCCUUGUACGGUGUUUGUGGCCAGCUUUUUGAGGCCCGUCAAGUAUUUGAUGAAAUGCCUAUGAGAGAUAUUGUAUCUUGGAACUCUGCUAUAUCGGUGUUCUCGGCUAAUGGAUUGUUUGUUGAUUCGUUGAGUUCGUUUUCGGAGCUUGUGAGGAGUGGGCUGUUGGUUAAUUCAGUUAGUUUGGUUAGUGUGUUGCCGGCUUGUUCUGCUUUGCAUGAGCUGGUGGUUGGGGAGAUUGUUCAUGGGCUUGUGAUAAAAGUUGGAUUGGAUUGCUUGGUUGCUGUUGGCAAUGCGCUUGUAGAUUUGUAUGGGAAGUGUGGGGACACGGAUGGUUCCAUGCGAGCAUUUGGGAGUAUGCUGGAGAGGAAUGAUGUUUCUUGGAACUCGCUUAUUGGUAGUCUUGCUCAUGUUGGUUUGUUUGGGAAUGCUUUGAGGAUGUUUAGGAAAAUGUUGGAUUUGGAGAUGAAGCCAAACUCGAUAACCAUGUCUAGCUUGUUGCCUGCAUUGGUUGAAUUGGGGUUGUUUAGGCUAGGAAGGGAGGUUCAUGGAUAUAUCUUGAGAACCGGUAUGGAAUCAGAUGUUUUUGUUGCUAAUUCUCUUGUGGAUAUGUAUGCAAAAUAUGGGUCCUCUAGGAAGGCAUCAGCUAUCUUUCACGGAAUGCAGAAUAGGAAUGUAGUUUCAUGGAAUGCGAUGAUCGCUAAUUUAACACAAAAUGGAGCAGAGCUAGCAGCCAUCAAACUUGUUAAAGAGAUCCAAGAUAGUGGCGAGUGCCCCAAUUCUAUUACCUUCACAAAUGUUCUUCCAGCUUGUGCUAGGUUAUCUUUGCUAAUGCAAGGGAGGGAGAUCCAUGCAAGGGCAAUGCGUAUUGGCUCAAAUUUUGAUAUAUUUGUUUCAAAUGCUUUAAUUGAUAUGUAUGCGAAAUGUGGAAGGUUGGAGCUUGCCCAAAAUGUUUUCAAGGUAUCAGACAAAGAUGAAGUAUCAUACAAUACAUUGAUACUUGGUUACUCCCAGAGUGCUAUGUGCAUUCAGGCACUGUUUCUGUUCACGGAAAUGGGAUCAGCGGGCUUCAAAUAUGAUGCUGUGUCCUUAAUGGGUGCUCUUUCAGCUUGUGGAAAUAUGUCUCUGUUAAAACAAGGAAAGGAAAUCCAUUGCUUGUCUUUCAGGAGACUGUUACAUACCCAUCUCUUUGUGGCAAAUUCACUAUUGGAUUUGUAUGUAAAAAGUGGAAGGCUUGACUUUGCUAGGAAGGUUUUUGAUAGGAUUCCAAACAGGGAUGUGGCUUCAUGGAACUCUAUGAUUUUAGGAUAUGGAAUGCAAGGGGAAAUAGAGUCUGCAGUAGAUGUGUUUGACAUGAUGAAGGAUGCCAUGGUGGAAUAUGAUCAUGUUUCUUACAUUGCAGUGUUGUCAGCUUGUAGCCACGGUGGACUUAUUGAGAGGGGUAAGAGAUACUUUGAUCAAAUGCUGGAUCAAAAUAUAAAGCCAACACAGAUGCACUAUGCGUGCAUAGUUGAUCUUCUUGGGCGAGCUGGCCAGUUGGAGGAGGCAGCAGAAUUUAUCAAACAAAUGCCCUUUGAGGCUGACUCCAAUGUUUGGGGGGCAUUGCUCGGGGCAUGCAGAAUGCAUGGGAAUUUAGUCUUGGGUAGAUGGGCUGCAGAGCAUUUGUUUCAGUUGAAACCAGGACACAGUGGUUACUACACUCUGCUGUCCAAUAUGUAUGCAGAAGCUGAGAGAUGGGAUGAGGCAAAUAAAAUAAGGAAAUUAAUGAAAACAAGGAGGGUAAGGAAGAACCCCGGGUGCAGCUGGGUACAGAGUGACAACUGUAUGCAUGCAUUUCUGGGAGGAGAAAGGAUGGAGGAACUUGAGACAGAUUUUUGUUUUGAAGAACAAGUUUGAGAUCUGUAAGAGUGAACUAAUCUCAUCUGAUUUAAAGUGACUUAUUUAUCAUGCGGUUGAAAGGGAAUUAAAGGAUGGGUUGACAAAUGGGAGCCAAGUUUUCAUUGUCCUUGGUGGAUGGAUGCAAAUUAAGGUAAUGGACAUGGAUAGUAAACUCUAAGCGUUAUGUAGUCAGGUUGGUGAAAGUCUAUGCUGAUUAUAAAGUCUCAAAAAGAGUGAACAAGACGCUUGAGGAAGACAAGCCCCCUUUGUUUGAGUUUGGAGGUCUUGAAUGUUUAGGCACUUGUUUACAGAUUUUAUCAUGAAUAGAUGCUGCUUCAAACCUUUCCAAUUGUUCUAUUCAAUGGCAUCAUAUUCAGCCUGAAGCAGGCAAGAAAGAACUAUUUUUAGGUGUUUAUUCUGCAGGUUACUUGGCAGGAUCAUUGGUCACAUUCUAUGCGUAUAUUUCAUGUGGGAAGUAUGAAGACAAAAACUUGAAGGAAAUACAAAGCGAUAAAAAAAAAUCAUAUUCUUCUUCGAUGCGG